GCUGCCAGAUAUUUUUCAGUUUGAGCCUCUGGUUCGUGUGGGAAUGUUAUGUUAUUUUUGACAGGCUACAUUGCUAACAUAUUUAAGUUGUAUAUAAAAUAGCCAAUGUCAUCAAAAUUUAAAUUAUCCACCGUACACAUGUAUUUGUUCGCUUUGCAUUGUGGGUAUCAGCGCCUCCCCACGUGUCUGCAAAGAGGAGUCAACAUGGCACCAAGCGCCACACCGUUAGAGUUCAGCUGUGCUAGCCUGGACUAGAAACCGUACCUUUCACAGCCACACUUGAAUCUACGAAUGAGAUAGCAAAAGCUCUCCCGCAAACUGUGCAGGUUAGGUCUUUGCAAUCUGCUGCUUUGCGAUUAUAACUCACUCCCCGCCUCAACAUGGCCAGUGGAGAGGAUGAUGACCCGGUUAUAGAAGAGAUUGAUGUCUAUUUAGCCAAAAGUCUGGCAGAAAAGCUCUAUCUCUUCCAGUACCCUGUACGACCAUCGAUGAGCACCUAUGAUGAUGUCAACCACUUAUCUGCUAAGAUAAAACCCAAGCAGCAAAAGGUGGAGCUGGAAAUGGCCAUUAAUACAUUGAGCCCCAACUACUGCCGCAGCAAGGGCGAACAGAUAGCUCUCAACGUGGACGGUACUACCUAUGAGGAAACCAACACCUACUCAACGAAGAUAAUGGACAAGCAGACGUUUACCUCCAUCCAGGCCACCACCAACACCUCCAGAUUUGCUGCUGCCGUGUUCCGCAAAGGGGAGCUCCACAUCACUCCGCUGCAGGGAAUCCUCCAGUUGAGGCCCAGCUUCACCUACCUUGACCGGGCGGACGGCAAGCAGCGGGAGAGGGAGGCGGCUAACGAAGGGGGAGACUCCUCUCAGGAUGAAGCGGAGGAGGACGUCAAAGCCAUUACUGUGAGGUUUUCCCGCCCUGAGUCCGAGCAGGCCCGCCAGAGGAGGGUCCAGUCCUACGAGUUCCUCCAGAGGAAGCAGGCAGAGGAAUCGUGGGUUCACCUGCACUACCACAGUCUCAGGGAUGGGCGGUCUGAACACGAGAGGCAGUACCUGUACUGCCAAGCUAUGGAUGCCUCGGAUAACUCUGAACUGGUCAAAACCCCAAAGGAGUACUUGGCCAUGCUGAUGCCCCCUAUGGCUGAAGAAAAAAUUGUGAGGCCGACGGGUCCCAGUAACGUGCUGUCCAUGGCCCAGCUGCGCACCCUGCCCCUGGCGGAGCAGAUCAAAACGUUGAUGAAGAACGUUAAGGUGAUGCCCUUCGCCAACCUCAUGGGCCUCCUUGCCACGGGCAUCGACUCCACUGCGGUGCUGCGCUGCAUCCAGCAGGUGGCGCUGCUGGUUCAGGGGAACUGGGUUGUCAAAAGUGACGUCUUGUACCCCAAAAACACCUGCAGUCCCCACAGCGGUGUCCCUGCGGAGCUCCUGUGUCGAGGCCGGGACUUUGUGAUGUGGAGAUUCACACUUGAACGCUGGUUGUUGAGGAAGGAAGUGGCCGCCAUUAUUAAGCUUCCCCCAGAGGACGUCAAGGACUUCCUGGAGCACAUGGCGGUGCCGCGCAUCAACCGCGGCUGGGAGUUUGCGUUGCCUAACGACGGCAAUUUCAUUAAGAAGCACCCAGACGUGACCCACAGGCAGCAAAUGCUGUGGCUCGGCAUCCAGAGCAAGUUGGAGAAGGUUUUCAAUUUCAACAAGGACGACUUCAUCCCCAAGAACACCCCGCCGCAAGAGUCGGUGCACGUCAGCGGGGAGCAGCGGCUGAAGGCUGCGCAGGAGCGAGCGCGGCAGAGCCAGACGUCGAUGCAGCACGCCCUGCUCGCCAAGAAGCGUGAGGCGCCGCCGGGGUCCGACGUCCAGGUGAAGCAGGAGCCGCUCAGCGACGGGGAGGACGGCGAGCAGCCCAUGGACACCUCCUCCGCCGCCGCCUCCCUCAACGGCGGCGUCAACGGCUACUCCGGCGCCGGCUCCCCGGCCUCGGAGCACGCCAACGGCACGGCGCCGCCCGCCGAGCUGCGGGACUUUGUGGCAAAGACUUUCAAGAAGGACAGCGUGCUGACGCUCAGCGAGCUGAAGAGGCUGUUCAACCUGCACCUGGCCUCGCUGCCGGCCGGCCACGGCAGCGCGCUCAUGGCCGUCUCGGACCGCAUGCUGCAGGACGCCAUCCUGCUCAGCCAGUGCAAGCAGAUCCUGGUGCCGUUUCCCCCCCAGAGCACAGCAGCCCCUGAUGAGCAGAAGGUGUUUGGUGUGUGGGAGACGGGAGAUGCGUUGGACAAGCACCGGCGGCUGCUGUACGAGCUGUUCUCGUCCAACUUCCGCGUGAGGAGGAAGGUGAUCCAGACCCGCCUGGCGCAGGAGUUUGGAGACGACCUCGCCAAGACGGACGUGGACCGGCUGCUCAAAGAAUGCUGUGGCAGCCUCAGCGGAUGGUGGUACCUCAAAGGAACAACACAGUCCUGACACUAAGAGGAUCCCCCCCCCCCCCCCCCCAAGCCAGGUUACCUCCCCGCCGCCCCCUCCCACCCACCCUCUGGAGCUCAACUUCGUGUCGGAGGCCAGUCAUGGAACAAGAGGCGGUCACAAACGGUCUAAAAAUCCAAGUUUGGGUUGCGGUGGAAGGGGCUUGAGGGGGAGGGGACAUGGACCACGGAGCUCUUCGCUGAUUGGCCUUUAUUUGCGUCAGAGCUUCAUGCUGAGUUCUGAUUGGGUGCGUGGUGGACCAGCGUGGCCCGACAUGCCAUUGUGUGAUAGAGUGGUGGUGGAUAUCAAUGUAUGGAUGUGUUUGUGUGUGUGUGGCUUAUAAAGAGAAGCAUUCGAUUACAGACUAUGUUAAACAGUGUUUAUUGGAGCAGGACUGAUUAAGUUGAACGGUUUGACAAUUCAGAGUGCGUGGUAUGUUUUUCUCCUGCCGAGUGGCCUUCGCAAAUCUUCAUCACACAUACUGCUAGCUUCCCAAAAAUCACUCGGUGAUGCCUUGAGUUUGGCAAGAACAAAAAACGGUUUGGUUUCAUCUUUCACCUCUAGAGAAACGUAUGAACACAGUCAUAGCAACGAUAGUACAAAUGGCCAUAUUUGAAAGAUACGAAGUGUGUUUGGGAUCGUGCCAAACUCGUAUUGGGACAACCACUGCAAAGCGAAUGUCUUCAGGUCGUUCAGUUUGACACGGAGACGGUUGAACAGAAGAUGCCACAGAAGUCUUUGAUCGCCUCAGAAGUGCGUCAAAGUCCUCCGAUGCUAAAUUAUGUAAUAAACUGACUGAUAACCAACUACUUGCUGCUGUUGUUCACGCCCCCUGUAACUGUUACAUUAAAUGUAGUCCUCCAUGUUCUGAAUCGUGUUAGUAACCCAGUAGAUGUGUUUAGGAUAUAUCACAGUACAACAAGUUGAUGGAAAAAAGAUAAUACUACGGUGGUGAAUUUACUUAGGCUUAACUUGCCAAAACAUGUGCAUUUCACCUGUGAUGUCGUUCAUUGUAGUUAUUAAUUACAUGGACUUUUUAUGCAGGUCCAACAGCUGAGUUAUGCAGACAAGUUAAGGAUGUGUAUUAACGUGUUUCAGUUAUGUGCUGCUAUCCUGGGUCUCUGGGGAAGUUCCCGUGUACUCUGCACCUCUGCAAGUAAUGACUAGCAGGGGGACUAAGUUACUUAUUUGUCCCUUUAUUUUCAAGGGUGAGAAUCUAGGACAUUGGAACACACUUGACAAGUUAAUCCUAAUGAAACUUACAGUAAGCGCUUUUUGGGCAUUUUCGGAUUUCUGUUCAGCAACAGCCAUGUUUUUAUCUUGGCUGAGAAAUAAGAGUGAAUGCUGAAUAAGCAAAUUAUCGCGUGAAACAUGCCAAUUUACUUGAGUCUCCCGGGAAUUCAGUAGCCAAACCCUAAAAGCAAACCAGAGAAGACAACCUAGUGCCAUGACAUGAUUUACAGAUUAUUUUAGCAAAUAUAUUUGUAGCAAGCAUUGCAGUCCUUGGUCAAAUAAUUCCAACAGCACAAUUUAGUUUGUGUCCAUAACUUCUACAAAGGAAUAAAAGGUCAUUUGUUUUUCCAUGUGCAACUCUAAAAUGAGAAUUGAGCAUUUAUUGAUUUCCAAGCAUCACCUUAAAGUUCAUUCAUACAGCAAACACUUUCUCAGCGAUAGCAGACAAGGUUAUGAAACGUUCAAAAACAUUCACUAAUUGUAUAAUUAAACUAGACAUCAAUGCUGUUGAACAAAUAGGUCCAUGAUGUGACUUCAAACGAUGGGAAUCACAAGCGCCAUGAUAAAGCAUUGGUAGAAGGGACAAUCCCCAGUGCAAUUCUAAAGUGCAUCUCAUGGUGAUUUUAAAUACAAGUCAAGAAGGAAAGUGCACCAAUAUGUUACAGCAUUACAAUUACGCCAAGCAGGCUUAACAGGCCACAUUAGAGGACAAUUAAGUCGCCUGCAUUAGAAAUUGAUAUGUGGAUGACCAGUGACAUUACAGUAAGUACAUACGAUUAUACUUUAGAUUCCUUAGAAGCUCCACCUAGUGCACUAUAAUCCAGUCGACAGAGCUUAUCCUAUGAACAAAUAUAAACACUAUUUCGGGAAGACUCGACGAGUACCGUUAAUGUAAUCAAUAGAGCACCAUAAAUGUCCUGUAAUUCCGUUCUGGUAAUAUUAAACAUUCAGACGGUAUUUAAGCACCUGACACAAUGUGUGCAGUUGUACCUUCAGUUGCUGCCAAAAGGUACACCACAAAGUCAGCCACCAUGGAUGUCAAAUGUUUCGCUUCUAAGUAGGUCAAAGAAGCAAGAAUUAUAAGCUACAGCUCAGUGACUAUGUUUUUUUUUUUCUCUCUAGAGAAUAUCCCAAGGAGCUUAUUGGCUGUUCGUCAAGUAGUGCUCAUAGGCUGAGGUAGAGCGAUGGUUCGAUCAGGAAGACGUUAGGCACUGGUGUUUCUGUGCAACAAAAAAAACCACGAGACAA